AUGUCUACCUUUGAACCAGUUGUUGUCAUUGACGGUAAGGGCCAUUUAUUAGGUCGUUUAGCUUCUAUUGUUGCUAAGCAAUUAUUAAACGGUCAAAAGAUUGUCGUCGUCAGAUGUGAAGCCUUAAACAUUUCUGGUGAAUUUUUCAGAAACAAAUUGAAAUAUCAUGAUUACUUAAGAAAGGCCACCAGAUUCAACAAGACUCAUGGUCCAUUCCAUUUCAGAGCCCCAUCUAGAAUUUUAUACAAGGCCAUCAGAGGUAUGAUGCCUCACAAGACCGCCAGAGGUAAGGCUGCUUUAGAAAGACUUAAGGUUUUCGAAGGUGUUCCACCACCAUACGACAAGAAGAAGAGAGUUGUUGUUCCACAAGCUUUAAGAGUCUUAAGAUUAAAGCAAGGUAGAAAAUACACCACUGUUGGUAAGUUAUCUUCCGCUGUUGGUUGGAAAUACGAAUCUGUUGUUGAUAAAUUAGAAGAAAAGAGAAAGUUGAAAUCUGCUGAAUACUACGCCAAGAAGAAGGCUUUAACUAAGAAGAUUAAUGCUGCUAAGGCUUCUAAUGCUGAAUCCGAUGUUGCUAAGCAAUUAGCUUCUUUCGGUUAUUAA